AUGGCGCACAGAGCGCUGGAGGUGACCCUGCUGUCGGCCAAGGACCUGAAGAACGUGAACCUGAUCACGCGCAUGGAGGUGUACGCGGUGGCGACCAUCUCGGGCGACCCGAUCACGCGGCAGUGCACCCCGCCGGACCCGCACGGCGGCCGCAACCCGACGUGGAACGCGACGCUGCGCUUCAGCGUCCCGGCCACCGCCGAGGAGGCCCGGGGCGGCUGCCUCCACGUCCUCCUCCGCGCCGAGCGCAUGUUCGGCGGCGACCGCGACGUGGGCGAGGUCAUCGUGCCCCUGGAGGAGAUCCUUACGGGCGGCGGCUUCGGGGCCACCAGCUCGCCGCGGUUCGCGUCCUACCAGGUCUGCAAGGUGCACCGCUCCGAGACGCGCGGCCUGCUCUACCUCACGUACCGCCUCGGCCCCGUCGUCCCGCCGUCGCCGCCGCAUGGAAAGCCGGCCGACGGGUGGCCGGUCGUCGGGUACCCGGCGCCGCAGGUGAUGCCGUCUUCGCCUGCAACACCAGCCGGUGGCCAUGGGGAUGGGCCGUUUUCGCCGGCAAAACCAGCUGCUGGCUAUGUGGAUGUGUUGCCGUCUCCAAAACCUUAUGGGUACGGGACGACGCCGCCGUCUCUAAAGCCAACCGAUCAGGUGGUGUCCAUGACAACUUCUCCAAAACCAGUCGGGCGUGUGGUGUCUAUGCCACCGUCUCCAAAACCAGUUGAACAUGUGGUAUCCAAGCCGCCGUCUCCGAAACCAGCGGGGCGUGCGGUCUCCAUGCCGCCUUCUCCAAGGCCAGCCGGGCAUGAGGUGCCCAUGCCGCCUUCUCCAAAAUCACCCGGUGGGCAUGUGUCGUCUCCGAAAUCAGCCGGUGGGUAUGUGCCGUCAUCUCUGAAACCAUCCGGUCAUGUCAUGCCACCAUCUCCAAAACCAGACACGUCUAUAGCCAUGGCGUCGUCUCCAAAGCCUGCCGGUGGACAUAACAUAGCCAUGCCAUCGUCUCCGAAGCCAUUCGGCGGGCAUGCAUCGUUUGUACCGCCGUCCCCAGCACCAUAUGGUGAGGCGGUGGGCGAACGCAUUUUUACCAUGACAGAAAUCUACCGGUGUCCCAUUAUCCAGCGAGGAGCCGCCUCCACCCCUAACUAG